AUGACUGCGACGCUCAGAGCUGCCAGUCCGCCUCAGGGUGACCACCAGUACGGCGAUAAGGUUAAGCUCCCCACACGAAGUCCACAACGCAAUGGCAAGAUGGCGGCGACCCAGCGGAAAGCCGCGGAAGUCAGUGAACACACUUCCGGCCCCGCCCCCCUGCCGUGGCGCACUUCCCACCCCGCCGCGCGGGCACGUCGGUGCGCUACGCUGUUGCCAUGGCAGCGGUCUGGGCGCGCUGCUAAGGGUUUCGAGGGAUCCCAGGAGCCGCAGACCCCCUGGGGGAAGUUCUGUGAGCCGGCCAGACACAGAGCUGAGGCUGCGACGCCGGAGACAGGGAUGGGAGGGCCGCUUGCGGCCAGCCCUGCACCUGAACCAGGAAGCCAGGAGCCAGAAAGCCAGGCAUCUUCACAAGCCUCAGACCUCAGAGCCUAGUGCGAGAGAUAGACAUAGUCAGUCACUCCAGCUUCAUGGGCAAACAUCUGUGAGAGCCCCAGGAGUUGUGGGGAUGGCACACCUGCUAGGCAGCCAGACCUGCAUGGACAGCCUGCGCAAGGACCUCACGGACCUACAGGGCACCAUUGUGGAUGUGUUCUCCCACGCUGGGCCUGUGCGCUUCCCGUCCUGGAAGUUCCCUGACCGUGUGGCCUGUGACCUUGACAUGGUGGCCCUUCUGGAGCACUAUGACCACGUGCCAGGUGACCCUGAGUUCACGCAGUUGUCCCAUGCUGUGCUGCUGGAGCUGGUCAUUGACAGGCUCCUGCUGCUGCUUCAGAGCUGUGCCAGCUACCUGGAAAACCUCAGUCUGGAUCAGAUGAUGCCUCCUGCCCGAGUUGCAGGGCCAUGCAUGUCUGUGGGGCUCACAGUGCGGCGCUUCUGGAACAACCUGCUGAGGCUGGGCAUGCUGUACCAGCAGGCAGUGCCCCAGAAAAGAGCAAACCAAGGGGAGAUUCCCAUCGGCAAGCCCACGGCUAAGGGUGAACCAGCCAGGAGCCCCGAAUGCAUGACUGCCAAGUUCAUCAAGCCUCCUUCCCCAGUGCCAGGCUUGCCCUUGAUCUGCCAAGGGCUGCAGAGCAUCCCUGUCAGAGUCUCCUUGCGGGGCCCAGUUGGGACCACCGAGAAAACCAAGAGCGUCCACUCCCAGACCAUCGAGACAGCCUUGGUGCCCUGUGAUGCUUGCACCAGUGUCCAGGGCAGCUUGUGGGAGGUGGGCAAGGUGGUCAUCAGCCUGUGUCAGAGUCAGAACUUGCCUUCGUCCUUGGGCCAGUUCCAGAAGCUGGUGCAGGACAGCAUGGGGCUCAAACCACUGCCAGCUGCCACCAUGGGCCACUGGGCAGCAGAACAGAGUAAAGACCUUACUCGUCUCAAUAAGCACGUGGGAGCCCUCACCCAACUUAUCGGGCCCCUCAGGGCCCAGCUGGAAGAGGCUGAGGGCCAGAAGGACGGGCUACAGAAGCAAGUGGGCAAACUGGAGCAGGCUCUGCGGCAGGAGAGAGGAGAAUGGCAGCGGCAGACAGAGGAGGCUGAGCGGAGCCUGGCCGAGUGCGAGCGUGACAGGCAACAGCUAAUCGCAGAAACGUGUGACCUAAAGGCAAAGGUGACCAAUCUGGAGGGAGACCUGAAGCAGCAGCAGAAGUCCAUGCAGGCCAUGGUGGCAAAGACCCAGCAGCUGGAGGAGGAAGGUGAGCGGAGGGCAGCAGCCGAGAGGCAAGUGCAGCAGCUGGAGGAGCAAGUGCAGCUGCUGGCAGGGCGGCUGGAUGGGGCUGGGCAGCAGAUCCGCUGGGCCAGCACAGAGCUGGACAAAGAGAAAGCCCGAGUCGACAGCAUGGUCCGUCACCAGGAGUCCCUGCAGGCCAAGCAGAGGACUCUGCUCCAGCAGCUGGACAGUCUGGACCAGGAGCGGGAAGAGCUGCGGGGAAGUCUGGAUGAGGCUGAGGCCCAGCGGGCUGAGUUGGAGGAGCAGCUGCAGAGCCUCCAGAGCGACAGGGAACAGGGACAGUGCCAGCUACAGGCACAGCAGGAACUACUGCAGAGCCUGCAGCGGGAGAAACAGGAGCUGGAGCAGGUAACUACAGACCUGCAGCUGACAGUCUCAGAGCUGCAACGGGAGCUAGAGGAACUAAAGGAGCGGGAGCGACUGCUGGUGGCCUUCCCAGACCUGCACCAGCCCACGGAGGCCCAGAUCCAAAACUCCGGCAAUGUCACCCAUGACAUGGAGAGGCAAGUGCAAGCCAAUGGUAUCCGUAUCCAGGUCCUACAGGAAGAGAACAGGCGGCUCCAGUCAAUGCUGACCAAAAUCCGAGAGGUGGCCCAACAGGGAAGCCUCAAAAUGAUCCCACAGGGCCAGCUCUGGUCCCCUCCCUACAAGGACACCCAGGGAGAGGUACCCCCCGCCCAAGCACAGAAUACAUCUCCAGGGCCCAUGGGCAGACGGCAGUCUCCUGGCAGCAGGACGAGCAGCACAGGCAGGACCCACCCAGGAGGGUCCCGAGGAUCCCCCUCUAGGCAGCCCUGCAACUGGCCCAGCAAGUCCUCUUUGGAGGACAGAACCCACUCAGCCACCUGCACCCAGAACCCCAUCCGGGCCUUGGCCAGGCUCAGGAGGAAACUCUCACCGAACCGAGGUCAGACUGGCUCUACAUACCAACCCCAGGAAUGACCCACCUAACCUGAAGCAGGGGUAGGGCUGGAGGGCAGGCGGCUAGCAAUCCCAUGGAAUAAAAGCCCCAGCCAUCUGCCCAGUGAUCUUGGCCUCAGCGUGGCUGAGCUGGGGGACCAGACCUUCCCUCCUUGUUGGACAAAGGCCUCUGUGAUCCCAACAGGCAGGUCACUGGCCCAUAGAGGCCUGCCAUUGAGUGUGAACUUUUUGUCUCCAUCCUGACAGGCACUGUGGGGAGAGUAUGCAGAGGGGUAACCCUGGGUCACUGAGCAGUAUUCAGGGUAGGGCUUGGGAUGUGAGGGCACAUCUGAAACAAGGAACUAGACACCAGGACUUUGCCUCUGGCCCAUCAAGAGAGGCAGGGAACAGCAGUGCCUUCACCUUCCACCUUGGCUCUGCAUCUGGUGCACCCGGCAGCUCACCAAGGAGCUCACUGCCUUUAGGGACAACUGAGAAGUCCUAGAGGUCAGAGCCUCACAAAGCCACCGAAGGGAAGACCAGGCCUUUGGACACCUUAGCCAUGAUUUGAUGCGCUCAGGAUGACACAAGCCUGAGCAAGGCUGGACCAACCACCCUAUGACACAGUGGUCAUUUCUCUAGAGCACAUCAGCCUGCCUCAGUCCCAGGACUUCUCAGGUCACUCUCCGAGCCUUCUGGGUGGCAUUAUUUAUUAUGUGGUGGGGAGGCCGUCAGGUCGACUGCCUUAGUUUGCAGUGAAGGGUCAAUGGGAGCCGCAUGCGCAGUAAGAUGGCAUUGUCCGGUCCCUUGACUCUGUCUCUUAACAGCCCAUGGUAUCUGGAGGAGACUGGAUGCUCUGAGCCACUGUACUGGGGAGAGGCCGUUACUGCUGGGCGUUCCAGGCCUCCACUAACUCAACAUACAUUUCUUAGCUCCCACUUCUACCAGUUGGUAAGCCAGACCCUUCCCAAACAGGACUGAGAGUUUGAGGCUAGUUAAUGCUAUAUAGGGAGGACCUGACUCAGACAGACAGACAGACGGAUAGACAGAGAACAACAAGAAACAAGCAAAAAGUCCAGAAGUCCAGGCUGUUUGUGUCUCCUUUAGAUGGCUCUGCAGAAGAGUUCUUACAAGCUUCGGCUGGGGAAGAGCUUGAUCCUUAGGCUUAGGCUGUGGAGCUGAGGUCCCCAUAGCCAUGCUGUUCUUGAUCCUUAGGCUUAGGCUGUGGAGCUGAGGUCCCCAUAGCCAUGCUGUUCUUGCCUGGCCUCUUAUUUGCACCACCCAUCUUGAAGAAGGCAGCAGAGCCAAGUGGUGGUGCUCGCCUAUAGUCCCAGCACUCAGGAGGCAGAGGCAGGCGGAUCUCUAAGUUUGAGGUCAGCCUGGUCUACAUAGCAAGCAAGCUUCAGGACAGCAAGGGAUACAUCGAGACCCUGUUGAGAGAGCGUGCACAGCAGAGAAUGUGUCUCUCACACGGAUUCCCCUCAGUCUCUGACUUGCUCCUGCUUUCCUUGGACUCAUGCUGACCAGAAGUUUUUCUCAUUUUCUUGUUCCUGUUGGGAACUGGAUUCAGGACCUGUGCAUUUCAGGCAAGUAAGUGCUCUACCAGUGCCCUCGCCUGAAGGUCUCACCUGAAGGUCAUGUAACAUAAACUUCUUAGAGUCAGGGUCCGAAAGAUUACACAAGGCGUGUUCAUGCAGCAGAAGGGUGCAAAGCUUUGAGGACUGUAAGAGUUCUCCCUGCUCCAAGCAAGAGAAGCCAAGGUGACUGGUGACUGCUAUUUUGUUUGGUUGUUUUUGGUAGGAGCCCAGGCUGAUAUCAAACUCACUGUAUAGCCGAGGUUGAUUUUGAACUCAUGAUCCUCUUAUUUUCUUAGUAGCCCAGUUCGGCCUUAAACUUUUUGUUUUGUUUUGUUUCUAAUUUAUUUACUUAUUUUUGUUUUUAUUUUAUUUAUUUAAUUUUUUUAAGACAAGGUUUCUCUGUGUAUCCUUUGUUGUCUUGGAACUCACUCUGUAGACCAGGCUGGCCUUGAACUCACAGAGAUUCAUCUGCCUGCUUCUGCCUCCCCAGUACUGGGACUAAAGGGGUACACCACUGAGAGGCCCACUGGCCUUGAACUC